AGCUGGGCGGGGAGGGAAAGGCGGAAGUCAGCAACGAAGGAACAACGCUCGAUGUUUCCGUAGUGGAAAAGCUGCUGGAAAAAUGUUGAGAAAGUUGGUGAAAGAGCGGCUCGUGGCGGCGGCGGACGAAAUAUUGGCGCUGUUCGAAAGAACGCUAGCGUCGUACGAGGAUGAACUUUGUCGAGCGAGAGAGGAGAACGAGCGACACCGACAGCAACUGGAAGCCGUUAGCAAGACUCAAAUUGUGCUGCACAUUGAAGACGUCCAACAGGGUCGUCAAGAAGAACGCACCCCUCCGUCACAGAGCUCCACUUUGAAGCAGGAGGCUCCCCGGCACCCCCACGUUAAAGAAGAAGAAGAGGAGGAACUCUGGGUCACUCGGACGGGGGAGUCAGAGGAGGUCGACCUCACCAAGUUGCCGCUGACUGUUGUCUCUGUGAAGACCGAAGACCGUGACGACGCACCAGCCGAGUCCUCACAGCUUCAUCCCAGGCCCGGUGUGGAGAUCAGAGGGGCGGAGCUUCCAGGCAGAAGCUUGCCACAACACGUGGAAGAAGCUGGCGGGGGCUCACACACAGACAACCUCCGAGCGCCACUGUCCGAUAGCGACGACACAACGUCUCACUCCGCCGAGGUCGGAGACCGGGACCACAGCCAGGAACCUUGGAGCAGUGAUGCGGACCGUGAAGGCAGCACCCAUUCUGAACGCUCGAAAAAGAAGAUGGGCAAAAGGCCUGUGGCCUGCUCAGUGUGUGGUGAAAGUUAUGCUUAUUACUGUGAUUUUAUUCGACACAUACGGACGCACAAGGGGGAAAAACCUUUCGGUUGUUCGGUGUGUGGCGAAAGAUUCUCUCAGCAGUCUGUCAUGGUGUUGCACAUGAGAACGCACACAGGAGAGAAACAUUACCGAUGCUCACUCUGUUGCGACAACUUUUCCAAAAAGAGCAGUUUGAAUGUGCACAUGCGCUCGCACACGGGAGAAAAACCCUUCACUUGCUCGCUUUGUGCGAAAACAUUUAAGCAAAAGGCACAUAUGGAAUCACACCUGAGAACGCACACUGGAGAAAAACCUUUUAGUUGCUCACUUUGUAACGAGAGGUUCACCUGUAAGAGGAAUUUUACCCGACACUUGCGGACACACACAGGAGAAAAACCCUUCGUUUGUUCCGUUUGUUGCAGGAGAUUCUCUCAAAAGUCAAACAUGGUAUCACACAUGAGAACGCACACGGGGGAAAAACCUUUUAGCUGCUCAGUUUGCGGUGAAAGUUUUGGUCAAAAGGUGUCUCUGAUCGCACACAAAACAACACACACGGGAGAAAAAGCCUUUGAUUGCCCCGUUUGUGGUAAAAGUUAUUCUUAUAAGAAAAGUUUGACAGCACACAUGCGGACACACAACAGCGAAUAAAUGUUUUCCUGUCCGGUUUGUGCUGAAUGAAGGUCAAACCACCAAAGUGUAAUGGAACCUGUCAAAAGUCUAUAUCAUAUGAUAUAGAACAGCAUGGAAGAUGUCUUCAUUGUCAAACUCACGUGGCUGAAUAGAAUGUAAACAAAUACAUCUUACUCGUGUAAAUUACAAUUUUGACUGACUUCUUGCAGCUUUUCCUUCCUCCUCAGCUCUCAUCUCGAGCAGUGACCAUUACCGCCACAAGAUGACAGCAGCGUGAUGUCAUGCACCCUCCAGCUGCCGUAAA